AUGUCGCGCACAGCUGCGGCCGCCCGGCCGCGCGACGGCGGCGCUGCAGAGGCGGCAGCGGCAUCGUCGGCCGCCGGCUCCUCGGCCGCCGCAGCCGGCGGUGCCGCGGGCGCCGUGUCGGCGCUCGAGGUGCUCUCGGCGCCCGUCGAGCCGCCGCCAUGGCGCCCACGCCUGCAUGCGGGCAGCGCAGCCGCCGGCAUCCCCGACUACUACCCGCCGCAGCCGAACAACGACGAGGAGAACGAGGGCUACAUCCGGCACGGCAUCACGCCGCGCCCCGCCGUGGGCAACGAGACGAUGACGGCGCACGACAUGAUCUACGACCGCAUCCGCGGCGCCGGCGUGCUCGAGCUGCUCGGCAGUCUCUUUGGCGAGGUGCUGCUGCGCCGCGAGGAGCUGCAGCGCGAGCGCAUCGCGGCGCCCACGCACCGCCCGCCGCCGCGCGUCACGCUCAACGAGGUCAAGCUGGCCGCCUACAUCAAGGAUCUCGCAGACCCCGACGUGCCGCUGCAGCGCCUGGCACGCAGCGUGCCGCACGGCUACCGCGGCGAGCGCAUGCUCGACAUGCUCUGGAGCGGCUCGGCCACGCCGCCGGCGGCCAUCGGCGCCACUGCCGCCGCGGCCGUCGCGGCCAGCCGCGCAUCGGCGCCGCGCGAGCCCGUCGAGGUGCAUCGUGCCGUCUGGUUCAUCCGAGUGGUCGGAGCGACUGAGAUCACCUCGUCGCGCUCGCGCCAGAACAGCAACUAUACGGGCGAGUGGACAAACGUGUUCGCGGGCUGGAUGCGCAAGCAGCUCUCCGAGCUCAACGUCGGCACACCCGGCGGCAACGCGCCCUCGUCGCCCACGGUCGGCACGGGGCGGGCCGGCUUGGCAGCACGCACUGUGUCGGGCCUCGGUGGCCCAGCAGCCGGGAGCAGCACGCCGCGCGAGUCGUUGGUGCUGCAGACGCCCGACCUGGAGCGCCGAUGGACCGCCAAGUGGGCGUACAGCCUCUCGCUGGCUCGUGCGCUCGCAGCACAGUCGCUGCUCGAUCUGCGCGUGCUGGCGCGCUGGGCAUUCGAGCUCAUCGGCAGUGCCUCGCUGCCUCAGCUGCCGUUCGUCGUCUCGCUGGCUCAGGAGCACGUGCACCUCUGUCCCUCUUCGUACGCGCUAGCCCACGCUCUCAUCGAGGGCGCCGCCUCGCGCAUUGUGGAGCUCGAGCGCGUGCGCGGCGGCGCAGUGGCGACGCGCAUGGCGGAGCAGCUCGGAGCGCUGCUGCGCUAUGCCUUUGACGCGGCGCCGGAGACGUUUGUGGCGCCCGCGCUGUGGGCCAAGCAUGGCGCCGUGCUGCGCCGCACGCUCUCGGCAGGUGCAGGCGCAGCAGAGUCCUCGGCGCGCGCGGCGCAGCGCGAGGCGGACCUCGAGCAUCUCGAAGCCAGGAACAAGCAGGCGCUGCUGACGGAGGAGGCAGCGCGUACGCGGACCGGCUCGCGUGAGGGCGGAGACAUUGAGCUGCUGGACAACUUCUCCGCCUCGAGCGACCUCGAGGCGCUCUGCGCUGCGUACUUUGCGCAGGACAGCGGCGGACGGUCGCUGUCCGCCAAGCUGGACACGCUGCUGAUCUGGGCCACGACGGCGUGGCGCAGCGGGCUGCACCGGCCGUGGCUGGCGGCGCAGCUGAUACAGAUGCUCUUCGACGACGACUACGAGACGUCGCACGGCUCCGCGACGAGCGAGCGGCCCUCUAAGCACUCGCGCUCCAGCGGCGCGUCCUUCGACCUCGACUUCUUCCUCUUCCGCUGGCUCUCCUCUGUCGAUGCAGCCCAGUCGGGCGCGCCGCAGAACGGCGCAGUGCUGCACUCGCAUCAAGACUCGCUUGCCUCCGUCGAGCUCACCAACGUCAUCAUCACGUUUGGCGAGCUGAUCCGACACGGCUGCUUCUCGUUUGCCAAGUACCUGCAGCGCCUCACGGCACGCGGCAUGACAGCCACCUCCUCGCAUUCCAAUGGCGAACGCAGCAGCGACUCGAACGGCGCCACACAGCCGGCCCACGAGGACACGCUGCACUCGCGACUGCUGCGUUCGCUGCCGGUGCACCGCAUGAGCACGCCGCUGUCGCACCAGCGGCGCGCAGCGAUUUAUGGCAUGCGCCCCACCGAGUCGCACGAAGAGGCGGCCGAGCGGCGUGCCGUGCGUGAGCUGCACGCGGCCAUGUCAUGGCUCUUCGCGGCGCCGGGUGCGCUUGCCCAGAGCCCCGACAUCGAGCCAGCGGACGCCACGGCUCUCAUCGAGCAGGUGCCGCACCUCUGGAGCGCUUCGCGCUACGUGCGCGUACGCGUCAUUAGCUCGCGCAUCCUGCCCGCGGCGAAGCAGCUCGGCGAGGCUCUGAGUGCAGACCGCUACGUCGUGCUUGCGCGCUUCAUGUCCGAGGCGCGCGACUUUGUCUCUCUGGCAGAUCUCGUGACGUCGCUGCUGCGCAGCCUCUUCGCCCGCGACGACGCAGCGCUGGCUGCAGCGCUGUUCAGCACCAUCACCGAGCACUCGGCCAUCUGGUCCAGCCUGCGCUCGAUGCCGGCGCUUGUGGACGCCAUCAACUCGGUCUACUCCUUCGCGCUCGCUGCGGGCCGAGAGCGCGUGGCCGAGGCCUGCCGCAUCUCGCGCCGUUCCCUCGCCGCGCUCGGUGUCGCCGGCAUCGCGAAUUCGACACAGCACUCCGUCAAGGACGAAGAGCCAGACGCAGCACCGAGUGCCAGCCCGGCAGAGGUCGAGAGCGUGGUGCAGGAGGCACUGCGGCUCUCGGCAGUCGACGCGGCCACCGACGCGGCACUCGUCGACCGCCUGCGCGCUUGCGGCCUCUCACCGCCUGUGCUCGGGCGCGCAGUGAUGCAAGGUGCCCUGACUGCGCUGGCUGCUGGCACGUCCGGAGAGGCCUCGGCAAACGUGCUGCAUCUCGUGCGGCUCGUUCAGCAGCUCGGCCGGGCCGCACACGUCGCCCUCGGAUCCGCCUUGCGCGACUGGACGGUCGCACACGUCAACGAUGCUGCGACGCCGCCCGAGGCUGCCCGCGGAGGCCUGGCUGCCUUUCUGCUGCACACCGUCAGCCUCGGCUGGAUGGACGUUGGCGAGCUGCUCAACGGCUUUGUGGUGCCGUGCGUGGCCGAGACGGCACGCGCUUCGGCGGACAGCGCUGCCGAUCCGACGUUUCCCGCCCUACUGGAGACGUGCCUGCUCGUCGCCCGCACGCUCUUGCUCACGCGCGAGCACGGCUCGAGCCUGCCGCUCUCACUGCAGGUGCUGCACCACCUUGGCGCGCGCCGCACCGAGCUGCUCGAGUCCGAGUCGGUCAUGCUCGUCUACCAGCUCGUGGCGUAUCUCGCCGUCAUGCCGUGCGGCACGCCCACGGCGCCUGCAGCCGUGCAGGCGGCGUCCGGGCUCUGCGACGAUCUGCUCGCCUCGCCCAAGUUCCAGACGGCGACGUGCUCGCGGCACCGGCUGCUCGCCGGCGCGAUCCGCGAGGUGGGCAAGUCUGCCUGGGGCGUCGACGUGCCGUCUGCCUUUGAGCGCAUCUUCGGCACGCUCGAUCCCAACGGCCUGAUCCGCGUCGCGCCGCUGGAGCUCGACUGUGCCGUGGUGCUCGACCAUCUCGACCCGUGGCGCUCGCUGCAGGCCGUCGUCGAGCUGACGUUCAUCAUCGAGCGCCUACAGACGGUCGAGGCCAGCUCACAGGCGCGCGCGCAGGCCAAGCUCUCGAGCCUGGCUGCGUGCGUGUUCGAGCCGUUUUUCCUCGGCGAGCAUGCCGAGCUCGGGCUGGAGCUGCUGCGCGAGACGAAGAACGUCGACUUCAUGGCGCGCAUCGUCGACAUUGGCAUGCGCGAGCUGCUCGAGCGCCUCACAGACGUGCCCAGCGAGUCAGAGCGGCGCGCCGAGGCGCUCCUCGGCGCUCUCGCUGCCGUGGCCAUCUGCGGCGAGCGCCCUGCCCUCGUGUGCGGCAGCACUGACUCGACGAAUCGUCUCGUCUUUCACAUUGCCGACUGGCUCGAGACGCUCGUGCAGCGCAGCCACGCCUCGGCGCCGGUCGGCGCGGAUCUGCGCGGGCUCGCACUGCGGCUCAAGGUGCUACACCUGCUGCUGCGCGUCUCGAACCUCUGGACCCCGGCUAACAAGGCCGUGGCGCCACGGCUCAUCGGCUCGCUGCUGCAGCUCGCCAUCGCACACGGCGCAGCAGAGGAGGACGAGGCGCUCUUUGCGGCGCUGCUGGAUGCGUGCAUCAGUGUGCUCGACGAGCUGCCCAGCGACGCAAACACGCAGGCGCUCGCUGCACUCGGCGCCGCCUGUCCCGCCGACAGCCUGCUCUUCGAUGUGCGCGGCCACCAGCUGCCCGCACGCAACACCGUGCGUCUGGCGCGCCUGCUUCCGCUGCCGGCGCUCUCGGCACCGGGCGCGGCUGGCAGCAGUCUGGUGCUGGCGCGCAGCGCAAACGCGGCCCUGUCGCUCGGCAGCUGGACCGCCGUGGCGGACAGGCCGUGGGAGCUGCACGACCACGUCGAUCCGAGCAGCGUCCCUGGCGCGCCAAACGGCGCGGCUGCCAGUGCGCUGCCGACGGGAGGCGCACGGCCCGCUGCCGCUGCAGCUGUGCAGUCCGAGCUCGGCUACGCCGCGACGCCGCUGACAAACGCCGGUGCGCUUCCUCUCGGCCUCUUUGCCGCGCACAAGACGCGCGACCGCGUGCCGUCGUCGCUGUACGCAAUCAGCGCGCCGGUGCGGCAGGACGGCAACGGCAACUCGGUCGCCUCGACGCCACGCGCCGCGCCGCUCGAGGAGCCGCGGGCAUCUGCGGCCGACGAGGCGCGCCUCGGCUGGGCCGCGUACGAGUCGGAGCGCACGUAUGGCGACGGCGUCGGCGGCGAGCCGGCUGCCGCUCGCGAUGCGCGCCGCGCGGUGGACCUGCUGCCGUUCUUCGUCGCUGCCGACGAUGACGCCGAUGCGGCAGCGAGCAAGGCGGCAACGCUGCCGCCGGAGCUGCGGCGCGCAGAUGAGAUACUGCGACAGCAGGAGCUCGACAAGGAGCGCAUCCGCGCCGAGGCCGACGAGGCGCGCGAGCGGCAGGCGCGCAAGCGCAAAGAGCCGCCCAAGGAGGAGGCGGCGCCGGGCGGCGACGUGCUGAUGAGCUCGACGAAGAGCAGUCCGAAGACGGUCAAGGCGCGGCCCAAGGCGGGCGCGGCCGCGCGGCGCAAGUGA